AUGGGAGUGGAGGUUGAUGUGACAUAUGAAUUUUCGUCCCAAAUUCAGAUCAAAUUUGAUCCCCAGCGCGACUGCUACAACUACUACAAUCUAAAGAACGAGAAACUGUACGGUGACAGGUGUGCGCAAGACCAAAAAUGCUGCGGAACGUGUUACUACAGAUAUUGUUGUAAGGAAGAAUAUGCAAGUUCAAAAGUCAACCAGCUUCUCUGCACUAACAAUGACGUCGAGGGCACGUAUGCCACUGAAAUGCCCCCAAUCAUUAACGUUCCGGGCCUCCUUGCGGCAGUCCUUGUUAUAGUACCACUCCUGGUGACUGGAAUCGUGAUUCUGGUGUGCUACAAGAAAAAAGUCUUCUGCUUCAAAGGACGAAAAUACCAGCCCCCGGGAGCACCCGUUGAGACGGUCCACAAGGAAAAAGAGCCGCUCCCUGAGGACGACGAUGAUGAAGAUGCGCACGCCAAGGCACAUCUAAAACGGGAAGAAGACAGUACGGUGUGAUCAAAAACUAUUUUACAGCUUUAAGACUUUGUUUAUAUCAAUCUGUUUCAUAUAGGAUAACGCCAUAGCAAACGGAAUAGGAUUUCCUCCUCGCGUUUUUUUUAUUCAAGAAAAAAGGAACUCGAGUUACCCCAGGCUAUAAUUUUAUGGAUUUCAUGUAAAAACCUUAAAGAAUUGAAUAGUGUAGAUUCAUUCGAUUAGACGGUUUAGGUUUAGGUUCGGAAAUGCCACAGCACCGGCGACGAUUGCUUCUUCUAGAGAACAUAUCGACAGAGCCUAGAUCACGUAAAUGAAUAUUAACACGUAAAUGAAUGUUAACGGCAGAAAGAAAAAACUUUCUCUUUGGUUUUCGUUCUUAGAUACAACCCUAUUCUGUCUUAUGCAGUGAUAUACAUAACAUUUCCUUAGCUUUAUAGCUUUGGCUGAUCUAGAAUAGAGAUGUAGUUGAAGAAGAAUGCCUAAUAUCACUGCCAUGUUUUUGAAUACCCUUGAACGAACAAUAUGUAAUUUUCUAAGUGGGUGCUAGACUUUUCCUUGAACACCGUUCGCCUUGCCACUGAUAUGACGCAAACGAAUUAAAGAAAAUAAUGUCAGCGUAAUGAUUCACACAAAUAUCAUUUCUGGAGGAGAAAUGAUUGCAAAAACGUUUCUUUGGGGACAUAAUUAAGCUUGUGAAAAGGUUGUGAUUGAAGGUUGUUGAUACCAAAGCGGUGAAAUUUUGUCGUCCGAAUGAAAAGUCAAGCGGCGGAAUCAGGAUGGGGGGGGG